AUGCUGGAAGCCAAGGAUUGUGGAGUGACAAUGACGUCCAGUCACAAAAUUUCAUUUUCUAUAAUUGAUAUAUUGGAUCCCAACAAAUUCAACAGCAAAAGGGUGAACGAACUUUCCAUCACUAAGGAGAAGUUUCCUGUGCCAAACGCAGAGGGAGCAAGUUUGGAGUCGGACAGCACUGCAAGCGGAGACUUCAGAGUUGAGCGCACGAAAUCAGGAGAUGAACACUCUACAGCCUCCAGACAUCAUACAGUUGUGGCGGACCCUCUUCUGCUCUCACCGCCGGCUGACACAGAGCCCUGUCUCACUGGGGAACAGGAGGAUGGAGAGUCAGCGGUCACCCCACAGGUCCCCUCCCCGCACAAGCGGCGGCGCCCGGACCAGGCCUGCGCCAAACCACGGCGCGCCAGAACAGCGUUCACUUACGAGCAACUGGUGGCACUGGAGAACAAGUUCCGCGCAACUCGGUACCUGUCUGUGUGCGAGAGACUAAACCUGGCCUUGUCCCUGAGCCUGACCGAAACCCAGGUGAAAAUUUGGUUCCAGAACAGGAGGACCAAGUGGAAAAAACAGAACCCAGGGGCGGACAGCACCUUGCAGCCCGGCUCCACCUCCCUGGUCAAUGUCAGUCCAAACCCGGCCACCUGUGGGUCAAGCCCCGCCAGCGCCAGCUUCCACCAAACUUUCCCGAACUUCAGCUCUGGGAAUGUGAUCUUUCACACGGCCGGUGCUGUUCCGCUUUCAUCCACUGGGGGGCUCCUGCAUCCCUUCAUGUCCAGUGGAUUCGUCCAGCCGACUUACUUUAAUCCACAUUUAUGA